AUGAAUGAAGAUAUUAUUAACGAUUUGAUUAAUUUAUCUGCUUUAUUUGGAUCGUGCCAUUGCUUGAGAUACUUUCUUUUAAAUCAAACAAAUUUUGAUAAUAGUCUUGUUAAAUAUGCAAUAGCUGGUGGAAAUACAGAGAUUGUUGAAAUAGUACAAAAUAAAAUUGAUGAUUUUUCUAAUUACAUUAAUGUCUCCCUCAAAUAUCAUCAAUAUCAUAUCACCAAAUGGAUUAUUGACACCUAUUCAGCAGAUAUUGAUUAUGUCUACUGUCUCCGACACUAUUGCUUUAAAUUUUUAAUUGAAUUUUCUCAAAAUAACACACAAUUAAUAGCAUAUGAUAAAAAUUUCAUUUACCAUUGCGCCGAAGUUGGAAUAUAUGAUUUAGUACAUUUACUUGUUGAAAAUCAUUAUAAUCCUGAAAGCCGCGAAUCGAUAAAUAACGAAACACCUCUUCAUGCUGCUGCAAGAUGCAACAUGCUAAAUAUUUGCAAACUUUUACUUGAUUAUAAUGCUGAUGUUGAUGCAUGCGAUAAUGAUGGAUGGACUCCAUUGAUGGUUGCAGCGUAUAAAAACAAUCUUGAAGUUUUUCAAUACUUAUUAGAAAAAGGGGCAAAUAUUCAUCACAAAGAUAAUUAUUUUGAAUCUGUAUAUUCUAUAGCUGCAAGGGAUAUUCAAGAUUAUAUAGUAAUAAAUGGAUUACUACUUAGUUAA